AUGAAUUCUUCUACAGACAUUCUGGCCACUGGCCGACAGAAAGUCACUGCCGCCAAUGUACAAGCAAUGUCGAUCAGAGAAAUUCUGAUCAACAUCCAUCGCAAACCUCCCAGACUCUCUCGCCGUCUAGAAGACGCGAAGAGCCCCACCAGAAGACUUCGAGGAGUGUCGCUGCACAGCAAGAUCAGGGCUGUUCGAAGCCAUGUCAAUGGCCGUACCUGCAAGCCAUUGGAGAACCCCAUCGCCGAAGCAGAGAGAGGGGUGAACGAAGAAGGAGGAGAAGAAGACGACACGGAGCCACCUACUAAGAGGCGUCGCGUGAGGAAGUAG